CUUUUUGGAGGCUUACUAACUUGGAAACACUCAUUAUUCAAAGAACAAAACUUGCAAGAAUUCCAGAUUUACAGUAUAGUACUAGCCUUAAAAUAGUGUAAGCAUUUUCUACAAUUAAGAAUAAUUGUAGUAACUCUUUUUAAGAUAUUUCUCUACAAUUCUAUUCAUUUGAUAUCCCCUUUUAAGAAAUUUAGCAUUUAAUGAAUUAUCAAUGGAUACUGGUAACGCAAUUUCUUUUGAUUGGCCAUCAUCCGUUACUCAUGUAGCUUUAAUGAAAAAUAAGUUACAUUGGUUGCCGCCAAACUUCUUUAACACACCUGCAAACAACAUACGAAUUGUAGCUUUGGGCGAUAAUGAAUUCUUACAAUUUCCUAAAGUAUUUGGAUCAAAUAUGAAACAAUUAUUAUACGCGGGUGUCAACGGAAAUAAAAUAAGAUCUAUAUCUAAAGACAACCUUGCUACUUUAAAGGAUAUUCCAACAUUUCAACAUCUGAAUAUAAGCAAUAAUGAAUUGGAAUUUAUUGAACAAGGAGCCGUAGCUCAGUUGAAAACUUUGAAAAUACUGUAAUAUUCCUAAUACGUUCUACUAUCUAAUUUAUAAUAUAUUCAUGCUAUUUUAAUUCAACUACUACUACUACUACUACUACUCCUUUACCUUUUCUCCCCUCUCCUCUUCCUCCUCUAUAAAAGGGAACUACAUCAAAACAAAUUUGUAAACUUUCUCGAAGAUAUGAUUUCGGAUUUGCCAGAACUUUUACAUUUAGAUUUUAAUAAUAAUUUAAUAGUUGAAUUAACUUCGAAAGCCCUACAAAAUCUACCAAAAUUGAUUACUCUUAGAGCUCAUUCUCAGCAAGGUGUUGAAAAUGGAAUUACUGGAUUACAAAGAAUUUUUUAUGACUCUUGGGUAAAUAUUGGAGCAUCGAUGAGAAAUUUGUGGAUUAGUGAUAAUGCUUUGGAGACUUUUCCUCAUCAAGUUCUAGGGGAAGGCAGCUAUCCUGUAAUGAAUAUGAUACGUGCAGAUACGAAUAGGAUUACAUCGGUUACCGCAUUUGGCAACGAAGCAUUUCCAUUAAAUGUACGACCCUAUUAUAAUCUAAGACUGUUAUCUCAUAAGCCAUUCAACACAGUUUCAACGACAAGAGUUCUAUAUUUAAGCAACAACUUAAUUCCAAGUUUUGACGAAGAAACAUUUUGCAAUAUGCCAAAUUUAAGAGAAUUAUACCUUAACAAUAAUCAAUUGAGAGAAACUACAAUACCAGAAACUUUGUGGUCUUGCAAUGGAGAUCUGGAAACAUUAGAAAUGAAUAAUAAUUUAAUUGAAUUAGUUCCGGUAGCUGUUCAAAACGCAACCAAUUUGCCGUCUAUUAACACUUUGAGAAUGGCAAGCAAUUACUUAAGAUUCUUGAGGAAAGACGCUUUUGCACUAUUACCAACUUUAAGAACUCUAGAUUUAGAAUCGAAUCUUAUUUUAACGAUUGAAAAUGAUACUUUUCCAUCUGGAUUGACAAGCUUAGGAUUAUCUAAUAAUCGAUUCCGAUUUCAACACAAGUACCCCUUUACAAAUUUGAGAGACUUACAAGCGUUAGAUUUGAGUUCAAAUCAAAUUACAGUAAUACCUGAUGAAGCUUUUCAUAAUAUGACUAGCUUAGUCACGCUGUCAUUAGACUCAAAUAAAAUUGCACGUCUUUUAAAAGUUCAUAUAAAAGAUUUACCUCUUACCGAUUCACUUCUUCUACAAAACAACGAUUUGGCCUAUAUUGAAAAUGAUACUCUAUCACAUCUUACAACAAUGGGAGGUUUAUUAUCAUUUGCCAACAAUAAACUUACGCAAAUACCAAUUCCUGACUUUCAUGAUUUAUCUAUCGGCGAUAGUCUUCAGCUUCAAAAUAAUAGAUUAACCAAGAUACCAACUGAUGCAUUUAAAUCUCUAACUACUGGUAGAAACAUCGAUCUGAGCAGUAAUAGAAUAUCUCGAAUAGAAACGAAUGCAUUUCAAACAGUUACAGCUCAAACUUUAACAAUAACCAAUAAUCCAUUGAGAUAUUUGGAAAUUUCUUCAUUCAACGGAUUAACAAUAGGAAACUUAAACCUAAAUUCUAUGUUGAUUGAGAAAAUUAUUAAUCAUACAUUUAUCGAUGUUAGAGCAACCAACACAUUUGAUUUAAGUGCAAAUAAGAUAAAUGAAGUUGAAAGUAACGCAUUCGUUAAUUUCGUUUCUGAUACUAAUUUUGAUAUGAGCUCUAAUUUACUUAAAACUCUACCGCAAUACAUGUUUACUGGAACGUCUUCGGCAAGAGGAAUCUUUAAUUUAGAAAAUCAAAUAUUAGACGUUUUACAACCAACGACAUUCGAUGGUAUCGAUUUAAGAGCUGAACUGAACUUGAAUUCAAAUAAAUUCCUUAUCUUUCCUCAACCGGCUUUGAAGAAUGAACGUCUUAGUGGAUUACUUAUCGAGAAUAAUCUAAUGACUGAACUUCCGGUUGGAUCGUUCUCCGCCAACCAUAAUGGAAUUCAAACUUUAUCCUUAUCCAAUAACAAAAUAUCUGUCCUAGCCGACGGGGCUUUAGACGCUCUUACAGGACUACAAACUUUUUCAAUGGCAAAUAACGGUUUGCUCCGGGUUGGAAAGUCAGCAUUCGACAGUCUUUCAAAUUUACAGACAAUUAACCUACAAACGAAUAAAUUAGAAACAUGGCAUAAAUUUAAACAAAUGAACAAUCUGGCUAAUAUUGACUUGUCUGCAAAUAAAAUAAAGUCUAUUGCUGCCUUGGCGUUUCAUGACUUACCUAAUUUGAAUUCAUUAAAAUUAACUGGAAAUCCUUUAGGGUGUGAUUGUGCUCUAUAUCAUUCUUUGCACAACGUAUCAUCAACAAUAGUUGGUGGAUUAUGUGCAGAAAAUGCUUACGCUGCGGGUGCUGUAUUUUCCAACGAUCCUACUGAUACAAAUCACUAUACAUUAUUCAAUCCAGAAGUAUUUCAAUGCUCCGUUUAUGGAAUCAGUACUUCGGAACCUCAAACUGGUCAUCUUAGGGUUUGGUGGUUGCCACCACCAAAUAUAACAUUACCGACCACCGACAAUUAUACCUAUAUAAUUACUUGUAUUGAUCAAGAUGCUACAGUAACAUUAACCCAAUCUGUUGACCUACCUCCUGAGAACACAACUGGAGAAUUCACAUUUACUUCUGGCGUUGUCAGAGCCAAAACCUAUGGAUGUUCAAUUAAAUUGGAUAAAUCAGGAAACAUAAGCGCUUCCAGUGAAAUUGAUUAUAUAACAAUAUCUGCUGACCUAAGUGGCGUUACCGGUGCAGGACCUGACGAUUAUAUUGUACCCAUCAGUUACUAUGAUUUUUCUUUGGCUCAUCCGGAUUUUGCGGGAACAAGUCCUAAAGAGUUUAGUAAACCAACUCUGGUUCCCAGCCCAUAUGGAGCAUGGCCUAGAAUAAGCGAUACUCCCACAGCCGAUAUAUUCUCCAUCUAUUUUAGGGAAACCUCCGAUGAUACAAAUCGUAAACUUAAUGGAAAUCUUACAUUAAAAUAUCAGAAUACAACUGGAAAACAUUUAUUCUCAACCGAUCUCUACUUUCCAGUUGACGCAACUGGAUUUGAUAAUCAAGGACAGGUCGACUGUGCUGGAGCAUCCCAUAAUUUUGGUUUUACAUCAGCCAUUAGAUCAGGCUUUACUUUCUUGGGAAAUGGUACCUUAACUUUUGGAGGUGGAGAUGAACUAUGGGUGUAUAUAAAUAAUGUAAGAGUAUUAGAAGUAAUUACUGAUUCACUUGGAGCAGAUAUUCCCUGUAAAUUCAUCGAUAUAACAGCCGCGGCUGGAAAUGGUAAAAUUAUACCGCAGACUGGAAAAAUUUCAGGAUCUGAAUGCCAAAGCUUAACACCGACCCCAUCGGAAGAAUUUCAAUUAAAGCUUGAGAUUGGUGAAACUUAUCAUAUCGACAUAUUUCACAUAGAAAGGAGGCCGUGUAAAUCUCAUUUAUUAAUAGAAACUGAAAGUAUUCGUUGGGCAGUUAGACCAGGAGACCCAUUACCAGUUGACUACAUAGUUGAAAUAAGUGAAGAUUCGCAUGUUGGUGCUAUUGGCUUCGAUUUUUCCCUAAUUGAUCCAUUUUCAAUUGGUCCUACUUACACGCUUGUUUUAACAAAUGGAAACGAAGCUAGACACUUUUCAUUUCAAUCCGAUACCCCUGCAGCUCGAACUGCUGGUAUACCUCCUCCUCCAAGUGCCUACUCGUAUACAAAUCUACCUGGUUUGGGUAUACCUUUUAUUGAAUGCCCAGUUGGGCCAACAACUAUAGCAGAUCCUAAUGUAGCUGGAACACAAACUUUUGUGAUACUAACAAACAACUGUUUGUUAACUGUCGCUACAGCAUUAGAUUACGAAGUUUCUACCGGAUAUAGAUUAAUUACAACUGUUUCCGAUCCUGGCCAACCAAAUUUUCCAGGAUUACUGGUUUUCACAAUCAAGAUAGUGGAUGUUAAUGACAACUGUCCAGUUCUUGAAGACGAUACAUUUUCAUUUGAACCUAGGCCAAGCUUGAGUCCGAAUCCACUUCUAAGGCUUAAUGCUACUGAUAGGGACAAUUCGAAUAAUAGCUUAAUCACAUACCUAACUUCAUAUCCAACUUUAAGCCCACCCCUCUCAAGAUAUAAUGAUUCCCUCGAUCUUUAUAAAUUUGUGUUUCCUGAAAAGACAACUGUAAUGGUUUCUAUAGCAGCAUUGGACAAUGGAAAUCCAAGGAGAGGAGCCAUCGCUACGGUUAACGUAACAGUUGUUAAUAAGUGUUUGAUUAGUAUCCUCCGAAGGAAUUUAGAAUACAAAUUCGUUGUGAAUGCAACUAGCGGAGAAGUUUACUUUAGAAUACCGAAAUAUUACAUAAGAGACUUUUCAUGCAAUAAAGUUGCUGGUAUGGAAACCGGUUACGUUCUAGAAGAACAAAUUUCAGCAUCAAGCCACGAUCCAUUAGGAUAUCCAGGAAGAGGGAGAAUCAAUACGACAUACGAUGCAACUGGCUUCUUAUACGGAGGUUGGGUUCCUCUUGUUUCCGAUCUUAAUCAAUGGUUUCAAAUCGAUAUGAAACAGAGAUACGUAUUUAAUAAACUACUUUUUCAAGGUCAGCAAGAUGAUGAUGCUUGGGUUCAAACCUACGAAAUCUCUUACAGAGAUAGCAGUACUGCAUUCCAAACGUAUUUUGACAAGGCUUCUACCAGCGUCUUUACAGCCAACACAGAUAGAAAUAGCAUAGUUGAACAUACAUUAAAUCCAAGAUUUACGGCCCAAUUUAUUAGAAUUAUACCAAAAACUUGGACUAAGCACAUCGCCCUUCGAAUGGAAAUAAUUGGAUGUCUAGAAUCAGAUCAAGAACAAUACGAUCUUUGGUGUGAUAGAUGCGACGCUGGCUAUUAUUGUCUUGGCGACGGGAACAAAAUACUCUGCGGUCAAGGAGGAAGACCUCUUGCUGAACAUUCUUUCGGAGGAUCUGAUCAGUGUUCUGACUGUCCGAAAGGAUGGAUAUGCAAAGAAGGUCUAGCAAAGCCUUGUCCAAAAUAUCAUUUCAUAAAUUGCACUGGUUCAACUUGGUGCCCAGAUAGUUGUGCUAAGUGUCCUUCCGGUUAUGCUUGUAGGGGUGGUGUUAAAUAUCCGUGCAACGUUGGAACGAUAUCUGAUGGAACCCUUGAGUAUUGCGACAUGUGCAAACCGGGAACAUUUCAAAAUGAAACUCUACAAACUACUUGUAUAGAUUGCCCAAUAGGUUACACUUCGUCAAAACAAAAGGAUAGAUGUAGCCCUUGCCCACUAUCGACAUACUCUGUUAAAGGUGAAAUAUGUAAAUCUUGCCCACCUGGCGAUUGUAAAUGUGAUGAAUCUAUAAAGCCUUGCGCAGAAGGAGUUACCUGUAUUAACCUUGAGUUGAUUAGUUCUGGAAUAACUCCAAAUUUUAGAUGUUUGGAAUGUCCUAAAGGGUACACUGGAGAUGGCGUAACUUGUACAGAUAUCGACGAGUGUACUCUUUAUAAACCUUGCUUUAAUGAGACAUGCAUCAAUACUAUUCCUGGUUAUCAAUGUAAAAAUUGCCCUUGGGGAUACUCGGGUAGUUUUGAAGAUAGUCACGCUCAAGCCUUCAAGCAUAGAGUCUACGAAUCAUGUAAUACAAAGUUCGCAGAUAUCCAACAACAACAAUGCGGCGAUGUAAAUGAAUGUUUAACAAACAACGGUGGAUGUGAUCCAAAUGCAAAGUGUAUUAAUACAAUAGGAAGUUUCGAAUGUGGAUUUUGUAAUCCUGGCUUCCUUGGACACGGGAAAUACGGAUGCUAUUCAGACGACUAUUGCGGAAGUGGAAAAAACGAUUGUGACGUAAACGCUAUCUGUAUUUACACUGGUCCAGCCCAGUAUCGAUGCGAGUGCAAGGAUGGAUAUGCUGGAACUGGACAGAUGUGCGCUGUUGAUACUGAUUUAGACGGUAGACCAAAUAAAAGAUUACCUUGCGAUUUCGAUUUCUGUUUUUAUGAUAAUUGCCCGACUAUUCCAAAUAGUGGACAAGAGGAUGCAGAUGGGGACUUUAUUGGAAAUUUUUGCGAUUACGAUGAUGAUAAUGACGUCACUCCGGAUGAAACUGAUAAUUGCCAAUUUAAAGUUAACUUUGAUAAAGCUGACAGUGAUGGUGAUGGUGUUGGUGAUGCUUGCGAUAAUUGUCCAAAUGAUGCUAAUCCCGAUCAAUUAGAUUCAGAUUCCGAUGGUAUUGGUGAUGCCUGUGAUACUGAUGACGAUAACGAUGGAGUUCUCGACGGUGCUGACAAUUGCGCUACAGUCGCAAAUCCUGGCCAAGAGAACGCAGAUGGAGAUAAUUUUGGCGACGCUUGCGAUAAUUGCGUAAACGUUGCAAAUAAUAAUCAGGCCGACAGCGAUCAAAAUGGUUAUGGUGACGCGUGUGACACUAUCGGAAGUCCCAACCAAGAUCCGGAUGGUGAUGGAGUUCUAAUAGGUGAUAAUUGUGGGGAAAUACCAAAUCCCAGCCAAUCAGACAUAGAUAACGACGGUCUAGGGGAUGUUUGUGAUAGUGAUGUGGACGGAGAUGGUUUAUCAAACGAAAUUGAUAAUUGUCCAUUUGUUAGUAAUGCUGAUCAAUCAGAUAUAAAUGGAAACACUAUCGGAGAUGCUUGCGAAACAGAUACUGAUGGAGACGGUAUAGCAGAUAACAAAGAUUUAUGUCCCGAAAAUCCUAAAAUUAAUGUUCUUAGCAUGCAAACCUAUACCAGUGUUAAUUUAGAUCCAACAAUUACUGACACUCCCGUUUGGAAAUUGACCCAUUCAGGAAGAGAAAUAAGGCAAACAGCAACCAGCACAGCUCCAUUUAUGCUAGUUGGAUCCCAGAAAUACUACGAUGUUGUUUAUUCGGGUACCUUUUUCUCUCGAGAUCAGGAUUCAAUAGGGUAUAUGGCGGCGGUGUUUGGAUGGCAAAGUAAUAGAAAAUUCUAUGCAUUACUUUGGCUAAGAGACCACAAAAAUUAUGGAGGAACAGCCUACCAAGGUGGUUUAAGAGGUAUUCAAGUAAAGAAAAUAGACUCUUCCACGGGUCCAGGAACAGUACUUGGUAAUGCAAUUUGGCAUAGCGCAGACACCGCAAACGAAGCAACAUUACUAUGGCACGAUCCGAAAAUGAUUGGGUGGGAACCGUUCAAGUCGUAUAGAUUUUACAUAACUCACAGACCGUCUGUCGGUACAAUAGCAGUAAAAGCAUAUAAUAGCGAAGGAACAGAGAUAGUUAACUCUGGCGAAUUAUUCGAUACCCAAUAUCAAGGUGGAAGAUUAGGAGUUAUAUUAUUCGAUCAAAAGUCAGCGAUCAUAUCUAAUUUGAACACGAAAUGCCUAGACAGAUCGAAUAAGGCAAUGAAAUUUGACGGAGUUGACGACUACAUAAUCCUAGAAAACGUUUACGAAUUCGAUAUUGAGUUGAGUUUUACAUUCGAAGUCUGGAUAAAACCAUCAGGCGUAUCGGGCAAUCAACCAAUAUUAAGCUCAAGAGACGAGAUGCUACUAUUACAAUUGAGUGACGAUAAACUAAACAUUACUUUUGGAUCGUAUAACGCACUUGGUAGCACAUCAUUGACAGCUAAUGUUUGGAAUCAUAUUGUUUUACGAUACGAUGGUCAAAAUCAUGUUUUGGCAAUGUAUCUCAAUGGAAUAGCCGGCGGUACUGAAGCUGAAAUUACCGAUUUAAAACCAUUGAGCUGGGUUUACAGUAAUUCUUCUGACCUUUUUAUUGCAACCGACUUUGAAAAUCAAUAUGCUGGUUUAAUGGAUCUAAUUCGAUUCUAUAGCAUUUUUGUACCAGAUACAGAAAUUGAUGAUCACUUACAGUUGGUCAAACCAGUUUUACAAUUACAUAAACAAUAUUUACAAGUUAAUAUUGACUUUGACGAUGAUUCUACGGGUAUUGUUAAAAGUAUUGGAGUAAAAAACAACCAAUUCGUAACCAAUGGAGAUCCAAAAUACGUUCUGAGCCAAAGUGGAAAUGCAAAAUUCGUUUUAACUUAUCCGAAUAAUAAACGUUAAUCCGUUGUUGUAAACAAGGAAAAGAAGUUAACACAAUACAGAGUCUUCCAAAAUAAUUUAUACAGUAUUUUUUCUUCCUCUUCUUCUCCUUUUUCCUCUUCUUCUUCUUCUUUUCUUGAGAUAUAUUACGAAUAAAGAGGGAAAACUCUCUAUAUAUAUUAUAUUAUAUCUUGCGUUGUAUAAACAUAAUUUCAAUAAACUGAUAACAACAA